UGCCUACAGAUUAGUUAGGAGGUUUAUUUUGUCAUUUAGCAAGCAGAAGGAUUUUCUUUGGGAAGAAGCUGAGUCUGAUCGACUCAACCUCAACCUGCUUCCUGCAUUGCUCUCUCCAAAUUUCUAGGGUUUGGUUCAGAGAGGGAGGAACCUAAAAUGUCUCAAAACGGGAAGCUGAUGCCAAAUCUAGACCAGCACAGCACCAAGCUUCUCAAUCUCACUGUUCUCCAACGAAUCGACCCCUUCGUUGAAGAAAUUCUCAUCACCGCCGCACAUGUCACCUUCUACGAGUUCAACAUCGACCUCAGUCAAUGGAGCCGCAAGGACGUUGAAGGAUCUCUCUUCGUUGUCAAGAGGAACACACAACCUCGAUUUCAGUUUAUUGUGAUGAACCGUCGCAAUACUGAAAAUUUGGUGGAGAAUCUCUUGGGCGAUUUUGAGUAUGAAGUUCAGAUUCCAUAUUUACUGUAUAGAAAUGCUGCUCAAGAAGUGAAUGGUAUCUGGUUCUAUAAUGCACGUGAAUGUGAAGAGGUUGCCAAUCUUUUUAGCAGGAUCCUUAAUGCGUAUGCCAAGGUUCCUCCUAAGUCAAAGGUUUCUUCUACAAAGAGUGAGUUUGAGGAACUAGAAGCAGUACCAACUAUGGCAGUAAUGGAUGGUCCUCUUGAGCCAUCAUCAUCUACUACUUCCAAUGUGGCUGAUGUUCCUGAUGAUCCAUCCUUUGUAAACUUCUUCAGUCAGGCAGCCAUGGCUAUUGGGAAUACUUCAAACACUCCAAUUACUGGACAACCUUAUCAGUCUUCUGCUGCAAUUUCUUCAUCUUCAGUGCCAACUCAUACUGCUACACCCACUGUUCCAACCUUACAGAUACCCUCUCUUUCACAAUCUACUCCUCUAAUACCCCCGCUUGAUGCUGUUGAGUCCAUCAGCAGCAGUAACCGAACCGCAAAACUUGUGAAGCCUUCUUUUUUCGUCCCUCCCCCUUCUUCAGCAAUGAUGAUACCCCCCGUAUCUUCAUCUACUCCGACGGCCCCUCCACUUCAUCCUGCUGUUAAUGUACAUCGCCCAUAUGGAGCUCCACUGCUACAGCCAUUUCCACCGCCAAAUCCACCACUGUCACUUGCUCCUGCUGCUUCUCCCUCUUCCUCUCCAAACUAUGGUUCAGUUAUUUCCAGAGAAAAGGUUCGAGAUGCGCUUAUGGUGCUUGUUCAGGACAAUCAAUUCAUUGAUAUGGUCUAUAGAGCACUGCUGAAUGCUCAUCAAUCAUGACUUCCACGAGGUGUUUAAUUAUCAUCUCGCUGGAUGAAUUGUUUUUUGGGCUGAAUUACUUUUGCUAUGCUUUUUAGGCCAGGCUAUAUAUUAUGUCCUAAACUUUGAAAUGUUUCAGUCAUAUAUUUAAUUUGUAAAAUUGGUUGUGCUUUGUGGUUACCAUUUUGAUCUAGCUAGUUUCCUAUGUCACUGUUUUUAGACAAGUCAUCGCAAUUUAACUGCCAUAUUAACUGUAUUAGUUAGGUGACAUGGCAGGAAAUGGUGAGGUCCAGAUGAAUGGUUGUUAGCAAUUCGGAACUGAUUUUACAAAUUAUGUUGAUCGACUGAAACAAAUCUCCAAGUUAUAGGGGGUGCAAAGGUUGUUAUUGAGCCUUGUUUAUUGUGUAUUUUAUUAAAUUGUUUUGUCAAAGACGACUUUGUAUAGCACCAUUGAUCAGUGUUUCAGAGAAAUUGUACUGUGCCACUGCUGCAUAAUGUAAGUAUAUAAUCAGCCCGAUCUUUUUGAUGGAUUACGAAUAGUUGAGAAUAUCAUUCUUCUGAUGACAAAUCAGUUCCCA